GUUGAGCCAAGUAGGGAGGUUUUCUUUGUAUUGGAGGAUGCGGGAGGCAGCAGAAGUCCCAUCAGAUUCCUUCUACCACUCGAUCUGAAAAUGCUGGAGGGUCUGACUCCUUGUGAGUAUCUGCGUCGGUAUACGGAAAUCUCUGAACGAAGAAGAGCGCUCUAUCAUCGCGUGUUUCGUCGGUUUCGCGAUGCCGAUGCACUGCCCCAUGAUGUAAGCCGCGUGGUCAUGAAUGAGCUUACACAAACAUUUUUGAUAGCUCUUUUUUGUUGA